AUGACUUUCUACGAAAUCUCGUGUCGAACCAAAGAUGAUGCGCUGAUUGUCUGGGAUGCAGUCGAGGAACUGUUUCCUGUUCUGAGAACAUUGAUGGUGCCUGAUAAGGUAGGCACGUUUGAAGUUUCGGUAACUUUGAUUCGUUUAGGAGUCCCUUUUGUCCAACUUCAUGUGCAAGUUCUUCCUCAUUGAGUGCUCGUCUCCGUUCAACUUUUGGUGGUUCAAAGAACCGUGGGAGUACCUCGAAAACAGCCAGGAGAACGUCGAAUUCCUCACCAACUUCUACCGCGGAUCAAUGCCGGAAAAGAAUAAAAUAUCCGGAGAUGAGAUAGUCAGAAUAUUCGCACCUUUCUGGCACUUUUAUUACGGAAAGAUCAUCCUGCCCAUCUAUCAGCAAAAGAAUGACAAAAUGGAGUCCAUUGCCCAACUGCUUCUUGUACUUUUCGACUUUGGUAAUGUCUCUAAUCUUCCUGAUCUUAUUCCUAAUUUCAGCGUACACGAACUUGAGCGAGGAAUGCGCUGAGCAUUGUCGAAAGCUCCGAAACAUUGUGCUUCGGGAGUUAAGAGGAUAUCAAACGGAUCAGAAUCACUCGGAACGACGGUUCUUCGACACUGUGGAGAAUCUGAACUUGAUCGAAAAGGCCGACAAAAAGUUUGAGGAGGAAAUUCAGAUGUGCGAGUUGUAUAAUGUGCGAUUGCACGAUGAUUUUAAGAGGAUCUUACUUUCUGAUAAGUUGUAAUGUAUGUACAUUUAGAUUAGAUAUUGUGGGUACGCAUUUCUUGUCAAUCAUUCAAUGUAUUUUUUCAUUCGAUCUUCAUAUAAAUAAUCAUAGUUUACUUUCAUUUAUCCGCUCCGCUCAAUCCGCAAAAAUUUCAAAUAGGGCAGAUGUACGGUACUGGUACUACAGUACAUCCAUUAAACAUGUAUCACACAUAGUCAAUUAGCUACAUCACAUUGGUCUUUUCCAGUUGUGCGAUCUGUUGGAAAUAACAUCUACAUUAGUUCGAACUUUAUGAAAACAAUUAGCUGUCUGCUUUCAGCGUUGGCUUGAUCGGAUAUUGAUUCAAGGAAGGAUACCAGCACCAUACUCAAUGCUACUAGUAGUGCCAGAAAUAGAAAACAUAGCGGAUCGUUACGUGGUUGUGUGUGAGAGACUCGCACGAUCUGAGGUCUGUGCUUGAGAUUGGAGUGACUGUGAUUCAGUGCGGAAGUUUUCUCACGCAGAGUAAUAGAAGGAAAUUAUUCGGAAAUCAUUAGGAGUAGCACGUUCUGACAACAAAUAACAGGAACUUGGUGCUGAGGUUUUUUAGUGUCAGGCCUCCUCUUCUCAAUAUUGUGAAUCAAACAAAGUAUAAGAGAAGUCUUAAAAAAGUCGCUUCCAAAGUGAAUGAAGUUUCAGGACGACUGACUACAAUGAACCUUCUUCCCACUUGUUUCCAUUUCGUUGUUUCCCCUGAAUGAACCUAUCCAUCCCUCUCGUAUCCAGCAUCAUCUUAUGGGAAAAAGACUCACAAACGGCGCCCGUUUCUUCGCUUUCUCAUUUCUCCCGAUUGUUUUCGUCAUUCAGCCACUCUUCAUUCCCUGCAAUGUUGCUCAUUCACUAUUACAACGUUUCGCACUUCCGAACGACUGAUUAUCUUUUUCGCGAGCUGACUGCGUUCCUCUACGCAGAGACUCUCAUGUACCUGUUCGAGUAGGUCAAGAAAAUUAAUGAGGAAGAAGAGAUGCACGUUUUUCAGUACACUUAAUAUCAUGUUUUACAUCUGGGUUCUGUUCUCCGCAUCCCAGUUUCAUUUCAAUUUCAACUUGAUCUCUGGGACACAGUACAUCAUUCAUUUAGUGGAUAACAUCGCGAUGCUCGUGAUCAGGGUUCAAUGGGUUGUCGGCCAUUCCGAUGGUGUCUAAAAACCUUGAAAACUCUGAAAUGAAAGCAUUAUUCAGACUCGGAUCCUUCUUCCAAUCCAAUCUUCUUUUGGGCCAUGAACUGCUCCGUGUUCUGUAUUGUGUUUGCCAUGUGCUCUCUUCCGUUUUUCAUUAUCGAACGUUGUUUUGCCACGUUUCAUCUAAAGGAUUACGAAACGAAUCAGAGAAGAUACCUCUCCUACGUACUAGUGUUUCUACUGAAUGCCAUCGGAUUGUGCGGAACGUUUAUUCUUCAGAAUAGUGAGUUGAUGCUCAUUUAAUUCAUUCUUGCCUUUGUUUUUCAGAAGCGUACACAUGCUUUGUGGUAUGUGGUCUGAUUGCUAUCAAUGGCAUUGCUCUUUCGGUGGGCCCGGACUAUAAAGAAUAAAAGAAGACCAAUUUGAUUUCAGUUGAAUUGCUUUUUGCGUUUCUGGAAUACACGGAAGUUUAACGAGUGUCACAAAAUCCAAUGCGUCGGAUGCCAGAGAAAAGGACAAUACUCACUGGCGAAACGAUUCCAGAUCUCUGAGAAUAUCAACUCUUUACAUGUAGGAAUCAAUCUCUGUUCCCCCCUAAAAUUUGCUUAAUUCCAGAUGCUCAACAUCAUUAUUAUGUACAUGGGUCUCAUGAACGCAGUGCUCAUUCUCAGCAUGCUCUUCUCGAGUUUCGACGUGUCUCCAGAACUACAAGCCGUCUGCUCACUGAUUCUCGACGCGAGUGUCUUUGCGUACAGCUUCACGCUUCCACAAAUCAUGACCUGUUUCUGUCAGAAGUGGCGAGUUCAGAAGAAUGCAUUCAAACAGAGGCUGGGCUGUUUGAAGUCUCAUCGAAAGAAGAGUUUGCCUCCGUUGAGGGACACAUUCGGGAUAGAGAUGCGGAGCAGCGAUGCGACGAACAAGUACUUUGAUCAGCUGAAGGACUCCUGGGAAAAGCGUUAA